AUGUGCCGUGCCAGUUACGACACGUUAGUGCGAUGGCUCUCAGAAGACGCCUACGCGCCCACCCGUUGCAUAGUGGAUGAACAAGAUACCGGCGACAGUACGGCCGAACCGCAAAGCAACCACGCCUCAGAUCGAUUGCGCCCACCGAUGGGGCCCCCUACGGGUAACUCGGGCCACUCCAUUGUCAUGCUUGACGAACGCAACCACGCAGUGCACGAGAUCAACCCCAACGUACGUGUGCUCUCAUCCUCGGUCAGCUUUGGCUUGCGCCAGGAUAAUCUGAGCUUGAUUGUAAUCUUGCAUGCAAUACAGGACAGCCCGAUGGAUCGUGAGCUGGGCAUGUACAAUUGGUAUGUGGGUGAGAUCAAGCGAACAGCCAUCGAGACCGUCUUGCAUCAACAUCCACCGGGAACAUAUCUCGUUCGACGUGGCGGGGCGCAUGUGAUCUUUACGGUCAAGCAGCCGGCUGCCCUGGGCGACUUCAAUCACAUCAAGAUUUUGGUUGAGGAGGAUGGCACUUGCUCCAUCUCAGACAGCGAGUCGUUCAAGUCCAUUCCUGAACUGGUCCGAUUCUACCACAUUUACUGGCUCCAGUUUGGGCAGCGCCUGUGGCGAUUGCCAGACACGCAGCUACCGCCCCUGACGCCCUAUUCACCACGGGAUCGCACACACAGUGACGCAUAG